AUGGGUUCCAUCCAGGACACCAGUGCCGGGCACACUGCAGAGUCCAGCCGCAAGAUCAUCGUCGCCGGGGCCCAGCUGGGACCGAUCAAUGUCGAUACGCCGCGGUCAGAGGGGAUCAGCCGAAUGCUCAAGUUGAUGGACGACGCACACCGGCAACACGCCAAAUUGAUUGUGUACCCCGAAAUCGCGCCAGUGACCUUCUUCCCUCGUCAUAUCCUAGAGGGAGAGGAGCUGGAACAGUACUUUGAGCAGGAGGUUGACGGGGAUGCGACGAAGCUGCCGAACCUGAAGCCUCUCUUUGACAGGGCGCGAGAGUACAAGAUGGACAUGUAUCUCGGCUAUGCCGAACACGCUGCCGAGUCGAGCGAGGCCGAACACGUCCAUUACAACACCGCUGUUUAUUACUCGGGAGCAGCAGACAAAGUCAUCUCCAAGUACCGCAAGGUUCACCUCCCGGGCACCUUUGAGCCGUACGAGCGGAAAGACGCAACGAACCAGCUGGAGAAGCGGUACUUUCGGCCUGGAAAUCUGGGGUUUGAAGCAUUUCGAGCACCGGGCUUGAUUCCCGAUGCCGUCAGUAAGAAAUCAGGCGCAAAGGCCAACGAGCCCGACAACCUGGGCAAGGGUGAUGCCAUCAUCGGCAUGCUCAUCUGCAACGACCGACGCUGGCCAGAGGCGUGGAGGCCGUACGGCCUGCAAGGCGCCGAGCUAGUGCUGUGUGGCUAUAACACGACAGCCUGGGCGCCGGAACUGCUUGGGACGAACAAGAAGAUCUCGACCCAGGACAAGGCCAAGCAAGAGGCUCUGUUCCACAACAAGCUGUGCAUCACGUACAACAGCUACGCCAACGCCUGCUUCAGCAUCAACGUGGCCAAGUGCGGCCUGGAGGACAGCAAGUACCCGCUGAUCGGAGGCAGCUGCAUCGUCGACUGCGACGGUGAGGUGGUGGUCGAGGCACAGACUGAGGACGACGAGCUCAUUGUGGCCGAGAUUGACCUGGGCAUGUGCCGGCGUGGGAAAGAGAAGGUGUUUGCCUUUGAGAGACACCGGCGGACCGAGCAUUACGGGCGGAUUGUAGAACAGACGGGCGUGGUCGAACCGGAUCUGUUGUGA